AGAGUGCGAAUCGCAUGAUGAAAAACGCUGUUUUGUUGUGCAGACGAGCUGUGGAGAAAAAGCGUGAAUUGUAGUACGUAAUAAACUAUUUCUUCUACUGCCGUGCCUGUGUCAUCUGGAAAAGAGCUCUGUGAAGGGUUACAACAGUAGUUCGCGGCGGAGGUGCUGGGGAAAUAACAUAUUUCCCGUUCCGGUAGAGUGCUUCUAGGCAGAGAAGCUAGAAGCAAACACCAGGACGACGCCUAUUAUGGAACAUAGUUAUACACGGGAAUUUCGGCUGCUAGAAAGUAGUCAGACUGCAAUGACCCGCACACUAAUGAUACAUCGGCCGCCUCAGUGCCCGUCGUGCCACACGCAUUCCCACGAUGAGCGUAUUGAUCUGGAGGAGUCGUACAAUCCACCCAUUCCGUCAUACAAUGAGGAAAGUGCGCGAAGGGCCAUGCAAGAGAGUGAGAAUAUCGGGGUUUCGGCCAGAAACUCCGUGUCAGACGAAGAAGACUGGGAGGAAAGAGUAAACAAGUUUGGAUGGACCGUUCAACAGUUUAAGCUGUUCGAUCGGGUAGCACGGCUGCUGGACAUGGACCGUUUGGCUCGUUUGACCAACACUGAGAAGCAGCAUGAACCAGUUCACCGGCGCACGGUCAUCGACAAAUCGGUUAGCCGGCUCAGACAAGCACUGGCGAGUGUUUCGUGGGAAACGCGAUUAACCCAGUGGUUGCAUGUGUUAUUGAUGGAAAAUCUGCCACCCUCGUAUCUGGCAAUUUAUAUCGACAUGCUGCAAACAUUACAUGCCAAGCUGCCGCUGUUGGUAGAUAAAAUGAUCUUUGGCAGUACGCUCAACAUUGGCCAGGAGCUCCUCGGACCGGUGUUGAAGAAGCCUUGGGAGCCAAUAGUGACUCCCAAAAAUCGCAAGCUGCCUGGACAGCCGUUUAUUGUUGUAGUGCCAUCGGUUCCCACUCUAUUGCCAUCGCCCCGGCAUCAGAAAUGGUUUACAUUAUUCAGCACCAUGUCACCGGUGGUAGUAAUACAACCACCACAAGAAAAAUCAACUGUUGAAAAGCCGAACAUCGACAAACAAUCGCUACAGCAACUGGCAGAACAUAUGCUAGCAAUGACACGAGCCAAAAUACAACAAGUGCGCAGCUCGGCGCCAAAUCGACCGAUUAUUUUGGUUGGCUUCGAUGCCGGUUCCGCUCUUGCAAUUCAGGUUGGUUUAGUAGAGUCAAUUAGUUGCGUGAUUUGUUUGGGAUUCUCGUACAACACAUACAACGGAGUUCGUGGAGCACCCGAUGAUCAUAUCGUUGACAUUACGUGCCCUGUGCUGUUCGUCAUCGGCCAAAACUCCGCCCGUGCCAGUCACGAAGAAAUCGAAAUGCUGCGUGACCGCAUGUCCACUCAAACAUCACUGGUAGUCGUUGGAGCAGCCGAUGAAUGUUUGCGUGUGUCAAAAACAAAGCGUAAAAUUGAAGGAGUCACCCAGUCGAUGGUGGACAACAUGGUCGCAGACGAGAUAGCAGAGUUUGCAACCAACUGUCUCGUAAGUCCCCCGCGACCAAAACAAUCCGCCUUGGCUGGGUCGUUCCAAUCGGACAGCCCGAUGGAACAAAGUAUGCCAUCGGCACCACGAAAUGAUUGUGACCUUGCUGCACAGCGCAAGCGUAAACACGCACCAGAUCCCAAAGCUGAGACCAAACAGCAGAAAAAGCCUUACAACCGUCGCUUGCCAAAAACAACACAAUCAGCUGAGGUGACCCAAUCCCUGACUCAGUCUACCCAAGACGCGCCAGAUAUUGAAGCGCAGAGCAACACGCCAACGACGCCUGAGAAGCAAAUAAAAAGCGAGAAAAUAAUUUUACCACUCGCAAAGGCCGAUGAAGUGGUGAAGUAUGAAGUUCGCGAAUCAGGCAACACGCAGAUUAUUUCUGGCCGGGGUAGCACGCCUAUGCUGCUUCCUGCACUGAAACGAGACACUGCGCAGACAACACUAUCGGCUGGCGCGUUGCAUCAGCAGGGCAAUGUGAAUGUGAAAUUGAUUGAAUCGAAUCAACUUAUUCAUCUGAAACCGUCUACCGGAACGACGCAAAAGUUUUACUCCAUAACAUCAACCUCCAAACCAGUCAUGUCCGUGAUAGCAAACAGCAGUCCCGGAGUGAACGAUGGUGCGGUAACGUCGGAGGAAAUUAGCAGUCCACCGAAGUACACAAUCGUGCGCAACACAGGAUCCACGCCUACUGUGUUUAGCAAUGUGAACGAAUCUAAUGUGGCUGCUGGGAAAGUUACGAAAGCUCUGUCGGAGACUAAUAUUUUCGAUCUUCCGAUCGUAUUUGCCGAUAACGAUGGUGUAAUUCAGGAGGGCUCGCCUGAAAAACCGAAGCAAGCACAAGAUACUCGACCAGCAGUAACAGCGCCAGCGUCUGUAGGCAUUGCUGAAAACAAUGCUAGCUCGGCACAGGCAUCAAGCACGCGAUUCGUCACACUGCAACAGCCCGCUGGAAGUAUGCCGCUGUCGAUUGGAAAGCCGAAACAAGUGAUCAACUUGGUGCUCAAUAAGGGUACACUCAAAACUGUCGAUCCCGGUGGUAUGAUCGUUCCUGUAGGAACAAAAAUCAAUCUCCCCAUAGCUGUUGCGUCAAGUGCGUCGCCGGCAACCUCCGUUGGUACGGUAAUGAGCAGUGGUACAACGGGACCGAAGUUUACCAAGGUAGUGUUGACCAAACCAAUGAACACCGGUGCAACUAACACCAGCGUGGUGAAAAACUUGAGCGAAUUGUUAUCCGGUGGCAAGAUCGAGAUUGUCAACAGUGCUGGCAUGCGCCAAACGGGCGUUACUGGAACCCCGUUGUCUGUACCGCAAGGCAAGUUCCAGUCUAUCAUCAUCAAUCCCUUUGGAGCGAAUAAAGCACAAGGUAGUGCAACUGUGCAGAACACUUCAACAAGUGGAAGCUCGACGACCGCAGGAAGUAAGAUUUUUAUCAAAACAACAGCCUCUGCAUUGUCGGCUGCGAGCGCUUCACCGUCGAUAGUGGGACGCAAUGUGAUGUUGAAAAAAAUAAACAUCGUUUCCACUUCAACGGGUGUGAAGCAGGGUGCAACAGGGAACGUAACGAGCCCAGAAGGCAAAAUGCUUACCGUAAGACCGUCAAUGAAGAUACUAGCGCAGAUGCAACCGCUGGCUCUGCAUAAAACCCCAAUAAACAGACCAUUUUGGGGCUGGGUGAACAUGAUGUUCAACCGGGUCGAUCGCGCUAGACUGAAGAAGGUUGGCCCCGACCGACUUUGUGCCGAAUGGUUGCUAAAGAAUGGAGCGAAAGCAAAGUUUGUGAAGGACGCCCGUGUGCAUGUGCAUUUUAACGCACUUCCGGACGAGUCCUUGCCGGUGCUAAUGGAAGAACUCGAUGGGACGGAUUCGGGCAUUAUGCACAUUGGGUUCGAUCAUCUGGAAGGAUUGAGUCGGCUCAGGAAAGUUGUCCUCCAUAACUGUGUCUACAUCGACAAUCAAGCUCUGUGGAAGCUGCGAUACGUUGCCAAUACGCUGGAGGAGUUGCAAAUUUCCAAGUGUGGCAAUGUCACCGAUGCCGGAUUGCUACAGCUCAAACAGCUCCCUCAGCUACAACAGGUGAAAACGUUCGAUUUGCCUGAUGUGAAAAAUAUACAGGAAGUGGAAAAAACGCUCAAACAAGCACUUCCCAACUGCAAAUUCGAUAUGAAGCCAUAGAAAAAACGUCGAGAUUGUACGUAGAAUUGGUACCAUCUAGCGCAAUCGCCGCAUACAGGGUCUAACUUAAUAAAAAUAGCACAGAGAUGUGGUGACCCAGUGCAA